AACAUAACAGAAAAGCUGCAAGCAGAGCUGCAGGAAACUCAGAGUAAGAUCAAGGCAGUGGAGAAGAGGCACAAGGAAGAGCUCGGAACUGUCAGAGAGGAAAUGAAUAUCAUUCUUCAGCAGAGGGAUGCUCUACAAAAACAGGUGACUGAAACAGCAGUAGAUACUCCAGUCAUCAAGCAGGUGGACGAGCUGACAUCUCAGCUAGCAGCCUCUGAAGAGUCCCAGCAAGUGAUUGGCCGCAAAGCUCAGCAAGAUCUGAGUGAGGCACAGGAACUGUCAAGGCAGAAGGUGCUGGAGGUUGAGCACCUCCAGAAGAUCCUGGAGGAGAAAAGGAGUCAAUGGGAGGAGGUAGAACAUCAGAACAAGGAGCUGCAAGUACGUCUGCUGUCCUUGGAGGAGGAAAAGAGUCGAUGGAAAGAAGUGGAGCGUCACAACACAGAAUUUCAGGCUUUGUUGAAAGUCCUAGAGAAUGAAAAAGCCAGGCUGACUCUGUCUCUGGAAGAGAAGGAACUGAGCCUCAGAACCCUGGAAGAAAACAACCUUGCCCAGCACAACGAGGCGUCUCAGCUUCGUUCUGCUAUUCACCAGGCCCAGCAGCUCCAUUCAGACCACACAAGAGAAAUACAAGAGCUCAACAACCAGAUACAGUCACUGGAGGAAGUAGUGCUGGAGAAGGAGGCUGGCCUGGCAAUUCGAGAGAAGCAGCUGCUACAGGAUCUGGAGGAGUCCCAAGCAGGCGAACGGUGCUUGAGGGACUCUUUGCGCAUGCUGGAGGCUGAGAUGUCUGAACUGCGUUUGAGGCUUUGUAGCACAGAGAACAAAGCAAAGGCGUUGGCCACAGAGUGUCAGCAGGCCAACAGUGCCCACUGUGAUGCCCGAUCCCAGCUGGACCAACUGUACUUGGUUCUCCACCACGUGAUCUGUGACAGCAGAGACUUGGUCACUUCGAGCUCAGAACAGGGUCAUGUCUGGGGCCUAACUGUUUCUCAGGCCAGGGACCUCCCUGCAGAGCUCACAGUGGACAGAGUGGCAGCAGCCCUGCAAGACCUGCAUCAGCACCUGAAGCAGACUCAGCAAGAUCUGAGUGAUGCAGGGAAGAAGAUACAGGACUUGGAGCUGGAGCUGAACAAGAGGCAAGCUGAAAGGGACCAUUUCAGUGCCCACAAUCAAGAGCUGCAGAAACAGUUGGCUCAAAGCAAGGAAGAGACACAGAUGGCAGAAUGCAAGAAGAACUCCCUCCAAGCUGCCUUGCAGGAGGAGGCCACUGCUCUGAAAGAGGCGGCUGUGACUCUACAUCAAGAGGUGGCAUCUUUGGAAAGGAAACUCGAGAGCACUGAGAAGCAAAGAAAGGAUGUCCUG